AAUACUACUCCGAGUGUUAUCGGACUUGCUGGAAUGGGCUAUGAUUUCAGCUCCAUCCAGAACCCGACAAGCAGGCUUAGUAUCGAAUGUGGAAAGAUUUUCCCACUGGUAUCAACUUUCACAUUGUUUGCCCAGUUUUUUUUCUCUCGUAUUAGCCCAAGACUUUUCACCCGCUUACCAAUAAAACACAACCGCGAUGUUCAAGAAGGUGGUCGAUACGUCUGAAACUUCUGCGAACGCCUUCUCCACGAUAAGCAGCAGAAGAUAGAGAAUAAAGAAGCUGGAUACAUAGAUAUAAUUUCUGUUGCGAUGGAAAGUGGGGAAUUUAUCCACCAAAUCAUGACGUUUCUUGCUGCCGGGCAUCAGUCAACAUCUGCUACUUUUCAACCUGUUAUUUAUGCCCUCUGCAAGUAUCCUGCAAUCCAAACUCGCCUUCGAGAAGAAGUUCGGUCCUCCCCGCCAUCGAUUUCAUUUGACUCCCCGGCACCUAUUUCCGCCUCCCUCAUUGACUCCCUCCCCUAAAUACAUGCUGUUUGCAAUGAAACACUCCUCUUCUACCCCCCUCUCCCUAUUUACAACGUGAGGCGGUCAGAGACACGGUGUUGACACUUUCAUUCCAAAGUGAACCAUCAUUUCUAUUUCACCUGCAGUCACGGACCACGAUCCCGAACUGUGGGGACCAGAUGCGGGAAUAUUUAAUCCAGAGCGCUGGAUGGGCCCUGGAAAUGCCAAUUCAGGCGGAGCAACUAGCAACUAUGUAUUUGUUACACUUUUUCAUGGACCGCGGAGCUGUAUCGGAGCAGCAUUUGGACAGGCAGAGUUGGCCUGUUUGGUGGCGGUUACGGUUUGGAGAUUUGAAAUGGAGUUGUUGGAUCCAGGAAAGGAGCUUAGGAUCAGGCAUGGGCCUCUCGGAGUGCCCGAGGAUGGGGUAGUUGUGAAUUCGGGAUCGUACGGCAGAGAUCUACUACAUGUAUUUCAGAGUUCUCUAGAUCUAUAUCACUGAGUAUCUGAGCAUUAGAAAUUGAGCCGUAGCAUUUCAACAAUCAGCUGGCGGCUGCUAUAGCGUAUAAUUUUAAAUAAGACUUUAAAUACCUGACUACCCGUACGGAUAGGCGGUGUGAAAUUUCCCUCUUAAUAUUCUGUAAAGGAAUUGAGUUACUCUGAUGUGACGGUUAUGUUGUAUGUAUCAUAGCGUACACUCUCAAUCUUUAAGACAAAAGGUGGACUCUUGGUCGUGUGCAAAAAGUCAGGUUUACCGAGCGUAAUUUCCAAUCCUUCAAUGUUGAUUUGAAUUUAUCUCACUUCGGGCCGUGGCGAAGGCGGCAGAAUUGUAGGCUUGGACAUUCUGUCUGGUUAUAUGCGCGAUAGCGCACAAAAUGUACAUGUUACAUGUUAGUAUGCAUUCCACAUUGCCUCAACCUCCAUCCGAGAUGCCCAAAAACAUCGCCAUCGCCCAAUGAAUCGCCCAAUCUGCUAGAACUGGACGAGCGCAAAGGCAUACGAUAAAGCCUUAUGGGGACGUGGCACUUCACUCUGAAGACCUGAUAGGAAACUGAGCAGCAGACUUGCGGCUCCACACCUUCGUUAGUGAUAUUGAUAUUGGUUUAUAUCCCUGAUAUGCAUAGGACGUCAGGUUACCUCAGAGGAGAGAUAUGGAUGGUCAGCAUGGCUUUACGCGGGGUGAGUUAAUGCCAUCGCUAAGGAUAGUUCGCCCGUUGUCGACUUCCGCAAGAGCCGACAGAGCCGCCUCAUCCAUGACAAUUUCCAAUAUAUCCGACACUACUGUUUAGUCCGCCCACAACGAGAUGGGACAUGGAAUUUGGCGGGCCAACCACACCGAGAAGAAGUCGAGGAUGAAUGGCCACUAUGCAAGGCACUUCAAGUAGAGUCAAUAUCUGCUAGAAUGGGAUGGCUGUACGGAGUGGAAACCAAACUGAUGCUUUCAGCAGCCCUGUCAGGAGGGAAAACCUGUUCGCAAGGGAUGCUGGACCGGUUUUGGAGCCAUCUCAUGUAUGUAGUUGGGGCAGUUGAUAAAGUGAAAAAUUCCUUGGCUUCUGCGCUUCCUUUAUAUCCCCAUUGCCAUUUAUUUUCAAGACGAUACGCCUGUGUUGCGACCCACCGACAGCAGAGAUAACACGGCAAUGCCGUUUAGCAGAAGUUCAGUUCCGAAUGAAUUUUUUGCGUUCAUAAACCCAUAGUGGCGGAGAUCGAGAUCGAGGAAGAAGAAUGUGAAUUUCUUUUUCCUUCUUAAUAGUUCAAGCGUCGUGGAUGUAGCGAUUAGCAGAACAUGGCGGGCAUUUCUCGUUUCAUGAAUCCAAUAUGAUGGACCACGAAGGACAAGUAUAUUCCAUAUUGCUCCUCAUGCAUGCACACACCCAUCCAGUCAUAAAAUCACUCAUAGUCAUCCCGAAACACCAUCAUCCUCUCCACGUCUUUCCCAUCCUUCUCCUCCAUCCAAGCCCGAAACAUCCCCGUUGAAUUAAAAUCAAACACGACUUUUCCCCUCCGCAACUUUCCUUCGCCCAAUGUCUGCUCAUCGGUUUCCACCUCUGCUUCAAUCCCAAUAAUUCCUCCCUCCCCCUCUCCAGUCUUCCCCCACCGCCUCCCCGCCGAACGCUGGAGCUCCCCACCGGGCCCUGCGACAGCAGUGACUGCCUGUGCCAGCGAGAUAGAGUUUUGAGCAGAUCCAAAGCGGACCAUCGCAGCUGCAGUGCGUGUGGCAGCUGUGCGGAGGAAAGAGUCACCGUUCCCUGUACCUGAAAGGGCAAGGAUUCGUCGGCGUUGAGGUUGACUGUAGCGAUGAGGGUUGAAGUCUGUGUGCGGGCUGGAAGUGGAUUUUCCCAGUGGAAACUUUUCAACAGGAUACUUAGAUGGUUCUAAAGCGGCAUAUCCUGGUGGGGGUGGGGAAGAAGAGAAACAGUCGCGGAUUAAAGUGAAGGCGCUAUUUGAAUCGAAAUCAGAUCGCCAUUGGGAUCCCAUCCGAUACGAAGAAGUGGUGGUAGUGGUAGAAGAGCUAGCUUGAUAUGCAAGCAGAUUGUCACGCCCAUCUUGGGUUUGAUAAUUCAUCGUGUCCCUUUUCAGUUGGAUACAGCCUUUCGACCUAUCCCUGCCACUAGCGCACACACUAUUAGAGCUGUCACUCAUAUUUGAUAGCCCCUCCACCCCUUCAACAUCCCACGCCUCCGCCCAGAAUCCCGCUCCCAAUGUUGGAGUAUCCCCAAUCCGACCAGGGCAUUUAUUCGUCAAACCACCCGUACUAGUUGCGACAGCAAUAUUACCCCAACGAUCGAGACAGACACACCCAACUGUUCCCUGGCUCAGAUACAGCCCAUCGCCAUCAUCAGCUUCCCCCUCGCCUCUCACCUCUACGUCAGCUCCCAUAUUCCUACCAUCAGUCAUCCUUCCUCUUGUCUUCCCCUUCUUCAACCCCCGUCGAUGCUCAUCCCACCUCUUCUUCGUCCAAAACCAAUCAUCCGGACAAAACUCCAUCCCCCAAUCUCUCGCCAAACCUUCAACAUACUCUCCACUAAGCUGCGAGUGCAUGUUACCUCCAUCACCAUCACCAUCACUCGCAUAGCCUGUCCUAAGCAACACUUCUUUUGCCAACUGAAUCGGAUGCCUCACAUUGCGAACAAGCAUCACGCCGGCCCCGCGCUUUAUAGAUCCUGGUGUUUUCUCCGAUGCUAAGCAAUUGACCUCACUAUUAUUAAAAUCAUCAACACUGUCCUCAUCGUUGAGCAAUGAUGCAACCAUAACGGAAGCCUCCAUCUCAAUCGUGCCCGCAGACGUAAACACGCUACCGCGGCCGCAGUUGAAGAGCUCGUUGUCUUCCAUGAGUGAAACGGCGUGCACUGCAGCAUUUAGCGCGCUUGCAGGAGAGAUGCGCAUGUUGUCAUCGACAGCAUCAUUCUUGGCAUUAAUAGAUGGUUCCUCCUCUUCUAUAUCCGCAUUUAGCAGGGCGGUGGUGGAACGGAGGUAGGUGAGGAGUGAUGUGCGGUAUUGCUUAUAUAGCUCUGGAGGGAGACGUGAGUGUUGGAUGUUCCCUGCACCACCAUGGAGGAUCACAGCUGGCUUGAAGAGGGGCUGGCUGCGAGUCCGUUGGCGUGGUUGGGGGAUUGGAGGUGACAUUAUUUACUUGCUGGGUGCAAGCGUAUAUGGAGGUGAGGGUAUGUUGAGUGGUCUCUGAAGAACAGGCCCUAGAUCAAAUAUUAGCUGCUCCCGACUGUGGAUGGGUCGGCGUUAGUCUGUUCAAGCUGGGGUCGUAGGUUAUAGUCCUGGGCAUGGUGCAAGUCACGUGUCGGUCAUCUGCUUCAAAAGGUUCCAAAGUGGCCGAGGGGAGAUCUGCUGUUCAGUCAGCACCCAAUUGUUCCCAGGCAAGCUCGAAUAUCUGCGAAAAAUGAACUUCAUAUAUAUAUGCUGUUUCUUUUUGUUAAUGCCAAGAUACUGUACACAAAAGCGGUAGGUAAUGUUACCGCUCUUUCACUGACCCAGUCCAAAAUAUCGCCAGAAGCAGUAGUAAAAAACAGUAAACCAGAAAUCACCGCCCUAAUAAACACAGAGCAUGCGUAAGGGGGAAAUUCACCGGGGAGAGAUGGGUAGUGAUUCGGGCGAGGGCCUAUUCCGCAUAGAAUAGAUAAGGGAGAUGCAACAUUAAAAAAAGGAGGGUAGGAGAAAAAGUAGAAACAUAGAAAAGAGGAACGUAAAGUGAAAAAUUACAUGAAGAAAAAAAGAACAAAUCAGAAGGUAAAAAGGGGACAAUAGUCAUAGACAGACAGAUGUGACAGAAGAAAAUCAUCUAUGCCCACGCCUCCAGAGACAAAUGAUAUGAGCCCACGACCGAACUCCCGCAGAGAAGAGGAGAGAUUAAGAGGAUAGGAUUUGAUUCUUAGCAUAGCAAUAAAGAGGGCAAAAUAAUGUAUACCCGACGGUUAGGCUAGCAUUGGGGCUGAUGAUGAUUUGUCUGUUGCUGGAGGGGGCGGUGGUGGUACCUAAUAAGAGCAGGACGUACAUUAGAAACAUGGGAAAUUUUUGGUUAAUAAAAGGGGGGAUGAAUUCUUGACGUACGUCUAAUCUUGUAUUUUCCGCCAUCAUUCUUUGGAACCCGAUUCCGACGCCCUCAAUCACAGCCAAGAAGCAGCCGCACAUGAUGGCUGAGUUUCUGGCAGCUCUCAUACCACCGCGAAUAGCGAGUGCACCUCCCGUAAAAAAGCCCGCAAUAACUAGAGUAAAACUGUCAGAUAUCCAAAAAAAAGAGUCAUUCUCCAAGACGACAAUGCUUUCCCCAAAACACUUCCGAACUCUCAUCCUCAUGGGCUUAUCUCCCGCUCUUGGGAGAUGAUGCACAAAGGGGCCGGGAACUCAGAGAAAAUGGAGGCUCUGCACAUACUGGCAUUAUACGGAUCCUCCUUCUUUCUUAUCCCCUUAACCGCACAGUCAAAUGUUGAGAACAUGCCACCCCAUACACCGAAAUUUCCACCGACAACCGGCGCCCGAGCCUUGAUUGCAGUCAGAGCACCUAUCCGCCGUUCACCAUAAGGGCUGUUUCGGAACCCUUUCACGCCGUGCCAGACUGCACCUCCGAUGGCCUACAGCAAAAGCAGAAAACAAACUAGGCUCAGCAAAACGGGACAGCCACGGGUCUGAAGAAGGGAGCAAGAAAUAACGUACACCCAUACUAAACGCUCCACCGAAAUCACUCAGCGCGACCCAGGGGCAGGGAUCUCUUGUGUGAUCCAUCGUGACGGAUAGCUUUGGCGAGGGCGGAUGGAAAAUCUUCACACAGCUAUCGACGAUAAUAUAUCCGACGAUUAGCCCAAGGAGGUCGAUUCGGAGGAAAAAGUGAGCCCGAAAAAGCAGCUAUUGGAACGAAAAAUAAAGCGAAGUAUCUGUCCGUCCCGUCCUUCGUCCAGUCUGCGGCUAUCCGUUUCAACUCAGCGAACACUUCAAGCUUCCAGCCUCGAAAGGAUAGUAAAAUCAAUGUUGGACAAUAUUCCGGACUCUGCUAAAUCGCGGCAAUAAAAGGACCGGCGAAAGGGGGCCCAAGCAAGAGAAUGUACGUGAGAGGGAGGCCAACGUGUCGUUGUCGUCGGUGACAUAGAUAUCGGCGGAGGUGGAAUAAAGAAUAAAAUAGCUAAGGUUUUUCUGCCCCGAUCAAUCUUUUGCUUCACCGGCGAGAAAAUGCUUGGCAAUAUCACGUGAUAUAACUUACCAAAAUCUAUUAAAAAAUGCGAGCCUGCAGAACUAAGAUGAACUCCCAUUCAUUUUUCUGUCAUGGACAUAGUUUUUACAAAAGCUUCCGAGGGAUUAUUACAUGUAUAUACAUUAUUAUUGAAUUUCACCUGCAUCGCAUUUUCUGGGAUGUUUUUGAAGCUGCACCAACAGAUUUCCAGCAGUGCUAUUAUCACCACGUGACCUAUGAACUCUAAAGUUUUUUGUUCGAGUUCAACGCUAAGCGAAACAGCAGCAGAAAAAUCAUCUUAAUUUAUUUCAACUCGACAAAUUCAAUAUCGAAGUGCAAAGAGGAAAACCAAAGGGAAAAGAAAAGGAAUAAAAAAGGUAAAGAAUAUGCCAAUGGCAAUGGAAACGGCCAAGGAAUCCUCUAAAAAGAGGAAGAGAAAGCAUGCCAGUUCCGGCGAAGGCAUUCGGAAAAAAGACAAGUCUGCGACUCCACUAGAAGCCGAUUCACCAAACGCUGCUCCCCCCACAGAGUCGAGGAAGGCGAUAAGGUCGAAGAAACGUAAGACAGGACACGUCGCUGUCAGUAAUGGAGAAAAGAAGAAGAAGAAGCAGGAGGAGGACGGGGAUCUUGAGGAGAUGGCCAAGAUGAAGGAUGCGGAUGAUGUUGAGAAGGAGGAUGAGCAGGCAGAGUUGUCGCAGAGUUCUGCCGGGGAAGAAGACGGCAAUGCGGACGAAGAAGAAGAAGAAGAAGAAGUAGAAGAGGAUGAGGACGAAGAAAAGCAAACAAACGGACAGUCGAACGGAGACCAGCUGGAACUUCCCUCUGUAAAUGCCGUGUCGCUGCCACAAACAGAGUCUGAGCCGCAGAAGUUUUCAGAGUUGGACCUCUCCGACAAGACCAUGAAGGCGAUUGCAGAUAUGAAGUUCGAGACAAUGACGGAGAUUCAGCGUAGGGGUAUACCACCGCUCUUGGCCGGGAGGGAUGUUUUGGGUGCGGCGAAGACGGGGUCGGGGAAGACCUUGGCAUUCUUAAUACCCGCUGUGGAGAUGUUGAGUGCAUUGAGGUUUAAGCCUAGGAAUGGAACUGGUGUUAUCGUUAUCUCCCCAACUCGAGAACUUGCGCUGCAGAUCUUUGGUGUCGCGCGGGAGCUCAUGGCUCACCACUCACAGACAUACGGUAUCGUUAUUGGAGGAGCCAACAGGAGGGCUGAGGCAGAGAAGCUUGUAAAAGGUGUCAAUCUACUAAUCGCAACCCCCGGCCGUCUGCUUGAUCACCUUCGAGACACGCCAGGGUUCGUGUUUAAAAAUCUCAAAGCUCUCGUAAUCGAUGAGGCAGACCGGAUUCUGGAAGUCGGCUUCGAGGACGAGAUGCGCCAGAUUGUUAAGAUCCUGCCUUCUGAAGAUAGGCAGACGAUGCUAUUCUCAGCCACCCAGACAACAAAAGUGGAAGACCUGGCCCGGAUUUCCCUCCGGCAGGGACCGCUGUAUAUCAAUGUCGACCACCGCAAGGAACACAGCACAGUCGAGGGCCUGGAACAGGGCUACGUCAUCUGCGAUUCCGAUAAGCGAUUCCUUCUACUAUUCUCAUUCCUGAAGCGGAAUUUGAAGAAGAAGAUUAUUGUUUUCUUCUCUAGCUGCAACUGCGUCAAGUACCAUGCGGAGUUACUGAACUAUAUCGAUCUCCCCGUCCUUGACCUCCAUGGCAAACAGAAGCAACAGAAGCGCACGAAUACGUUCUUCGAGUUUUGCAAUGCUACUCAAGGAACAUUGAUUUGCACGGAUGUUGCUGCGAGAGGCUUAGAUAUCCCCGCUGUUGAUUGGAUCGUUCAGUUUGAUCCUCCAGAUGAUCCUCGAGACUACAUCCACCGUGUUGGCCGAACAGCCCGUGGCGCAAAUGGCAAGGGACGAAGCUUGAUGUUCCUGCAGCCGUCCGAAGUGGGCUUCCUCAAGCACCUGAAGGAGGCUCGAGUUCCUGUAGUCGAGUUCGAUUUCCCAGCUAAAAAGAUCGUCAAUGUUCAAUCUCAGUUGGAGAAACUUAUUGGACAGAAUUAUUACUUGAAUAAGUCCGCCAAAGACGGGUACAGAUCAUACUUGCAAGCUUACGCCUCCCAUUCCCUCCGCUCCGUGUUUGACGUCCACAAGCUUGAUCUCGUUAAAGUAGCCAAGAGCUUUGGCUUCCCAACCCCGCCGCGCGUCGACAUUACCCUAGCAGCCAGCAUGAGCCGGGAUAAGAAGCAACAGGGCCGACGGAAUUAUGGCAGCCAACCUAAACAUGCGCCAAAGUUUAAACGAAAGGUGGAGGAUUAGGGGAUUAGUUCUGUAUGUGUAGGGAUCAUCGAUCGGAAGGUGAUUGAAGAAGUUAAAGUUGAAAUUGGUAUAGAAAGAGGGUCGUGGCAUAAAGGUUUAUGUAUACCUACCUGCCUCCCUAUACUAAAAUUAUUCCAAAAUAUCCCCUAGUGUAUUUUAUUAGUUAUUGGGUUUUACUUCUUGAUACGCCUGUGGACAACAGGGCACUAGAUUAGUUAGGCGUUGGAGCAUUUUCCUACAUUUACGUUACUAGAAAAUAAAUAUUCAGUGCUUUAGGCCCAUCAGCAUCUAUUGAACGGUUGUUUAAUUUCCUUUCCAUUUGUUAAAAUUCCAUGGAAGAUGAUACGCUUCAAACUACAAAGUAUACCAGGGCACAUUUAGUUAAGAGUGGGGCAAGCCUAGCAAUUCGCAUUUUCAUUCUUCUUGUUUGUCGCUCACGAUCCAACACCAAUCAAACCCGGCCGCGCUUCCCCAUAUUUCCUUUCCUUGUAAUGUACGGAAGGCAAAAGGAAAGUGAAAAUGAGAACGAAAAGGAGAGGAAAGUGAAAUAGCAUAAUCUUCCAGAGACAGCUUUCCAUUUUGCGCCAGCCCGCUCUUCAAGAACCUCUGCCUCAUCAGCCAGAGGUGACAACCCCUCUGCCAUGUCCUGACCAGUUUCGGGUAAAGAGGAUACAUCAAUCUAUAGAACACAAUGAGAAUCGCGUACCGAGCUCUUAACCACCACGUGCUCUUGAGUCCGUAGCAUCGGCGGGCAGUUCUUCCGUCGCUAUUGCCAUGUCGAGUGAGUGUCUAAAGAACGCGAUUACGGCGAGAGCGCAUGAAAGGCUGGUAUAUUUGGGUUGAAAGAGGCCCUGAGCAAUGCGAACGGCUUCUUUGGGUGGACGGAUUCUUUGCAAGCUCUCUAUUCCAGUACUGUUUGAAAGCUGAGCCGUUUUCCGGCCACAUGGAUGGUGGGACUUGAAGGGCGGUGGGGGAAUAUAGAGAAUUGUUGGUAGACUUGAUCACGCUCUUCUUCGGAGAAUGGGCCAACGAUGGUCUCGUAUUUUUCUAUCAUGGUCACAUAAGCAACUACAGCGAUCCAAAGCUGCAGCUGGGGAUCCAUGGCGUCAUAGCUCUGGUUGGUCUUAUUGUCGUUGACGGGUUUAAGUGUGGUUGUGACGAAGUUACGGAAAGCAAUCUUCUCGGUCUCGGUGCCGAAUGCCAUAACAUUGAGAUAUAUGGCUGUGUUGAGAGUCCUCUCGGCAUGGCGGGUGCUGAACGUGCUAUGCCUUCCAGCAACCCGGCA